AUGAUGAUGAUGAUGAUGAUGGGGGCCGUUCACAUCCUGGCACACUUCUAUGUUGAAUUGGAAUACCGCAUUCCCAAAUUUGAUGAACAUACCAUCCAUAGUACAGUUGAGUACUGCCCACCCGACAUUUUCUACGUGUGCUCUGCCCACCCAGCAUUUUCUACGUCUGCUGUCCCCACCGCCAUUCCCUACGUCUGCUGUCCCCACCGCCAUUUUCUACGUCUGCUCUGCCCAUCCGACCUUUUCUACGUCCGCUCUGCCUACCCGACAUUUUCUACGUCUGCUCUGCCCACCCGACAUGUUCUACGUCUACUCUGCCCACCCAGUAUUUUCUACGUCUGCUCUGCCCACCCAGCAUUUUCUACGUCUGCUCUGCCCACCCGACAUUUUCUACGUCUGCUCUGCCCACCCGACAUUUUCUACGUCUGCUCUGCCCACCCGACAUUUUCUACGUGUGCUCUGCCCACCGCCAUUCCCUACGUCUGCUCUGCCCACCCGCCAUUUUCUACGUCUGCUGUCCCCACCGCCAUUUUCUACGUCUGCUCUGCCCACCCGACAUUUUCUACGUCUGCUCUGCCUACCCGACAUUUUCUACGUCUGCUCUGCCCACCCGACAUGUUCUACGUCUACUCUGCCCACCCAGUAUUUUCUACGUCUGCUCUGCCCACCCAGCAUUUUCUACGUCUGCUCUGCCCACCCGACAUUUUCUACGUCUGCUCUGCCCACCCGACAUUUUCUACGUGUGCUCUGCCCACCCAGCAUUUUCUACGUCUGCUUUGCCCACCCAGCAUUUUCUACGUCUGCUCUGCCCACCCGACAUUUUCUACGUCUGCUCUGCCCACCCGACAUUUUCUACGUCUGCUCUGCCCACCCGACAUUUUCCACGUCUGCUCUGCCCACCCGACAUUUUCUAUGCCUGCUCUGCCCACCGACACUUUCUAUGCCUGCUCUGCCCUAGGUCACGAAAACAACCACUGUGUAUAA